AUGACGGCGGUGCUGCCCAGCCUGGCGCUGGCCCUGCUCUGCCUGCUGCAGGCAAGGGCUGAGGUUCCCGUGCAGCCGGGCUUCAACGCUGAGAAGUUUGCAGGGACGUGGCAUGUCGCAGCUGCCGUUUCCAACUGCUCCGUGUUCCUGAAGAUGAAGGAUGGGAUGAAGUCAUCCAUCGCUGCCAUCAGCUUCACGCCGGAGGGAAACCUGGCUAUGAAGCUUGUCUGGCCCCUGCUGGACAGAUGCCAAGAGUUUGAGCUGCUCUUCCAGCAAAGCGGGCAGGCAGGACACUACGUGGCAGCACAAGAGAAGAGGGACCUGUGUGUGAUGGAGACGGACUACAGCCACUACGCUAUCGUGCACGAGUUCCAGGAGAACGGGCCGGAGCCCAGCACCGCGCUGCAGCUCCUCACGAGGGAGCAGGACGUGAGCCCCCAGCUCCUGCAGAAGUUCAAAGAGCUCAUCCCCACCGUGGGCCUGACCAAGGACAUGCUGGCCAUCCUGCCCAAGUCGGGUGAGUGCCAGGAAGAUCAGUGCACCAAGGCCAUCAGGUGA